AUGGCUGCGCCGAGACUCACUGAACGGUUCAAGAACCUGGACGUUGACGAUCAGGUACCCCAGGAGAAUCUGGAGAAAGAGUACUGUUUCGUAGAAGACGAACAGUCCGGCAGUUACAUCCAUGGAUCGCAAACGGUCUCCAUCUCCACCGCAGAACAAUGGCAGAAAGAAGUUUUGGCGGACCGCAAGAACUGUCUAGCACUCACUGCUAUGAGUAAGAACCAACUCAAUGACGUCGUCUAUCAAGCCAAUGCCCUUCAACCCGAUAAGCAACUGUUCAACGUCAAGAUCCCCUUCGAAGGCGCUCCAGUCACAAAUCAACGCUCAUCAGGACGAUGCUGGAUCUUCGCCGCUACCAAUGUCUUUCGGGUUGCCAUUAUGAAGAAACAUAACCUGUCAAACUUCGAGCUUAGCCAAGCGUACCUGUUCUUCUGGGACAAGUUGGAGAAGGCCAAUUGGUUUUUUGAACAGAUUAUUGAUACUGCAAACGAGGAUCUUGGCGGGAGAUUAGUGCAGCAGCUGCUGAGAGACCCGGUUGGUGAUGGUGGACAAUGGGACAUGCUUGCCAACUUGGUGGCCAAAUAUGGACUUGUCCCACAAACAAUCUAUCCAGAUGCUAUGGCCGCCCAAAGUUCUUCCAACAUGGAUUCUGUCAUAACCGCUAAAUUGCGCGAAGACGCCCUCCUACUCCGCUCCAUGUGCUCCGCCGACUCCCAUGUCUCCAAGCACUCUCUUCCUAUUGUCAAAGCAAAGAUGCUAAAAGAAGUGCACCGAAUUCUCACCAUUAUGCUCGGCCCGCCUCCAAACCCUCAUGCCCCAUUCACAUGGGAAUACCUUGACGCCAACUCCAAAUACCACACAGUCUCCAAGACACCUCUAGAAUUUGCAAAGGAGCUCUCCUCGCCAACGCUGACCCGCACUCUGCACGGCGCUGACGUCAAUUCCUUUUUCUCCCUUGUGCACGAUCCUCGACACGAACCCCUCACUCUGCUUACGGUUUCACGCUUGGGGAAUGUCAUUGGCGGUCGCUCUACCUGCUACGUCAAUGUUGACAUGCAAACUCUCAAGGCCGCCGCUAUCAGGAUGCUCAAAGCUGGUCUCCCAGUAUUCUUUGGCUGCGAUGUCGGCAAAGCCUCCUCCAGGACGGGGAUCAUGGACGACAAAAUGUUCAACUACGGCCUCGCGUUUGACAUCAGCCUAAAUUUGAAUAAGGCGCAGCGCAUCAUUACCGGGGCAAGCGCAGUCACCCAUGCAAUGGUAUUGACAGGCGUGCAAGUGGAAGACCACAACGGAGAGAAGAGAAGUAUCAGGUGGCGCGUGCAAAAUAGUUGGGGCGAGGACAUUGGUACGGACGGAUAUUGGGUCAUGAGCGACAGCUGGAUGGAUGAAUAUGUCUUCCAGAUCGUGGCUGAUCCGGGGUUCGUGGAUAAAGAGGUCAGGGACGUGGUGGACGCGGAGCCGUUGAUAUUACCUUUUUGGGAUCCCUUGGAUAGAGCUACCGCUGAAUACUCGUUUCUUCUCGAGAGUGCGACGGGCGCAUCCGAAACCGUAGGCCGGUACAGCUACAUUGGAGCCAACCCUAAAAGAGUUAUCCGAUGCGGUGCUGGGUACGAUCACGAUGGCGAUCCACUGCGAGCACUCCAAAGUGAGCUCGCGGAACAGACAAUCGACAUUCCAGGAGUCAAAUUGCCAAAUCUCAUUGGCGGUGCAGUUGGGUACCUCUCAUACGACUGUAUUCAAAAGUUUGAACCAGUCACCGGUGCCCCAUGGCUGAAAGAUAACCUUCAAAUUCCCGAAGCCAUGUUCAUGAUGUUUGAAACAGUGGUGACUUUUGACCACUUCAAAUCCGCAAUCAUUUUAGUCACACAUAUCAAGAUCCCGGAGUCCCCAGCUGAAGAUAUCGAGCCCGCGUAUACAGAGGCAUGUGAGUUGCUUCGCUCAAUAUUGGAGACCAUUCAACAAACGGAAAUUCCACUUCCCGCAGAACAGCCUGUCACGCAAGACUCAACAUCGACUUCCGAUAACCAAUACUCGGCAAACGUCGGACGCAAGGGCUACGAGUCCUUCGUUACAAGUCUCAAAGAGCACAUCGUCAAAGGGGACAUCGUCCAAGCUGUGCCAUCCCAACGCCUUUCCCGCAACAUCACGGUCCACCCUUUCAACAUCUACCGCACUCUCCGCUCAACCAACCCGUCACCGUACAUGUUCUACAUCUCAUGCUCCGACUUCUCCAUCGUCGGCGCCUCUCCGGAGUGCCUCAUAAGCGCAUCUCCAGUGGAGACCUCGAACGGCUCGCGCCCCCGCAUCGUGAACCACGCAAUUGCCGGCACCAUCGCCCGCGGCAAGACGACCGCAGAAGACGACGCGCUGGCCUUGAAACUCCAAACCUCAGUGAAGGACCGCGCCGAGCACGUCAUGCUGGUCGAUCUCGCCCGCAACGACGUCAACCGCGUCUGCGAUCCGCGGACGGUGCGCGUCGACCGUCUCAUGCGCGUCGAUCGCUUCUCGCACGUGCAGCAUCUCACGUCUGAGGUUUCCGGCAUCCUGCGUGCGGAAAAUUCACGUUGGGAUGCGUUCCGCUCAGUGUUUCCAACCGGAACCGUAUCGGGCGCGCCGAAGAUCCGUGCCGUGCAGUUGAUUUCGCAGUUGGAGGGAGAGAAGCGCGGCGUGUAUGCGGGAGCGGUGGGAUGGUUUGGGUAUAAUAUCGUGCGGGGGGGUGAGGUGGUUGAGGGCCCCGUGGAUACGUGUAUUGCGAUUCGGACUAUGCUUAUCAAGGAAGGAGUGGCGCAUUUGCAGGCGGGUGGAGGGAUUGUAUACGAUAGUGAUGAGUUUGAGGAGUGGAUGGAGACGAUGAACAAGUUGGGUUCGAGUCUUCGUUGUAUUGAGUUGGCUGAACGCCGGUUCGAGGGUAGAACUAGUACAAAGGGGUUCGGAGAUAUUGUUAAGGAGCAGCAAGAAGCUUUGUAG